AUGAUGCCGUUGGAGACUGUCCUGCAUAGGUGAGUAUAUCUAGGGACAAUAUGCAUUUUUGGAGAACCCGAUUAAAAACAAUUUGCCCGAUAUUCGUUUUACAAUAUUGACCGGGGCAGUUCUAGAAACUAUAACUUUCACUCUGUGGGAUGUGACUGUUGCGAUUCGGCGUUUUCGUCAAUCUUAUAGUCCAGGCCCUGAUGGUGUCCCAGUAAGCAUUUUAAAGGCCGAUGCAAACACGAUCUUCCCAUCCCUCUUAUGCAAGAUAUUUAAUCUUGCUCUUGAAACUGAAACCUAUCCUACCUUGUGGAAGGAAUCACACAUUUUGCCCAUUCCUAAGCACGGCAAAUCUACAUCAUUUGAUGACUUUCGGCCAAUAAACACCCUCCCCGCAGUUUCGAAGAUCUUAGAGACAUUGAUCAAGGAUAAGAUGAUGUGUCACUUAACAGUGAAUAACUUACUGAAUGCUGCUCAGCAUGGAGUCCUCAAAGCUCGAUCUUGUGACACCUGUCAGCUCUCUUUCUUUGACUAUGUUCUCCAAUCUAGGGACAAUGGUUUUGCACUUUACAUUGUAUAUUUCGAUUUCACUAAGACUUUUGAACGUAUUGACCAUGCUCUUCUUCUCUUUAAACUUUCCUCUUUCGGAAUAGGUGGUAAACUUCUGAAUUUCAUAUACUCUUAUCUGAACGCUCGUAGACAAUUAGCUAAGAUUUCCAAUACCAUCUCCAACCCCACACGUGUGAAGAGUGGAGUCAUUCAGGGAAGUGUACUCGGCCUGCUUUUAUUUUGCCUUUUCGUUAAUGAUGUACCCGAUUUAUUUCAGAAUGGUAAGCCUUUCAUGUAUGCCGAUGAUCUUAAAGUUGCAUAUCGAUAUAAGCCGGCAGAUCAUGGCAUCGUGCUUGAGCUCAUAAAGAGCGAUCUACAGGCUUUCGCCCAGUGGUGCCGCACAUGGCGCCUUUCUCUUUCCUGGCAUAAGUGCUCAGUCAUGGUGGUUGGCGACGGCCACGAACCUCAACUAAAUAUUGAAGGUCGCUCCAUAAAUGUGCCCAGGGUAACUAAGGAUCUGGGCAUAUCAUACUCCAAGAGUCUCAAUCUCUCGGACCACUGUGCCUUGAUAGUCUCCAAAGCACGCAGAACGACCGGGUUUUUCCUCCGAAACUUUAAAACUAGGGACAUCAGAAUGCGCCUUUACAACAUGUACGUUAGACCUGGUCUGGCAUACUGUUCGUUUUCAUUUAGCCUCAUGCGUGCUACUGAGGGGAAGAAAAUAGAAUCCGUCUAAAUUUUUUUACCAAGUGUGUUUUAACCCCGGAACACUGGAAUUGGCCGCACAAAGAACGUUGUCGGCUUACAGGCUUGAUCCUUUUUGGUUUCACAGAUUACAAAACAAACAAUUUUUUACUAUUUAAACUUUUAUAUAAUCGUUCCUUUAACCCACUCACCAUUUCAAGGCGUCUUGGCGUGACAGUCAUCGUGAGGUCUUAUCGUUUUGUUCUCUGGCACUUUUCGUUCAAUAUUGCCAGCUCUUUUCUCUGAAUGCAUUUGCAAUUUGGAAUAGAUCACCCAUGAGCUUAAAAACUCUGCAAAAUUAUCCUCUGUUUAACAGAACUAUUAAGCGAACCAUUACUCGUCUUUUUGCAUUCAGAAACACUUCCACAAAUGCGCACUUCCAUUCAUGCGUUCAUUAACAAAUUCUCAAAGUGCUAGUGCAGAAAUUCGAUCCGAACCAGACAAAUCGUUAGGCUUCAGUCGGAGUAAUUCGGCCCUAAAUAUGACCGAUUAAAAGUGCGGUCCCUCAAAUAGAGAGGAUAGGGAGGGGUAAAAAAGGGAAAAGGGAGUUGGAGGACACAUUGGUUGGCCGAUGAGUAAGAGGGAAAAUAAAGAACUGGGUCCUCGGUUGAAGACGGACUGGAUGCAUUAAUCUGGUCAUCAGUCUCCAAUUUUCAGUCUGCAGACCAAAGGGCAGGGAUCAGUUCCUUAAUUCUUUUAUUAUUCCGUAUGCAGCAAUUUAUGAUUUUGUGGCGUUCCAACUAAUUUUGCAGUGUUUUCAGUUUGAGCUUCUAUCGCAGCUUGUUGCCUCACUUUAACAAACUGGAAACCGAUUAUUUCGUAACGCCUCCAAAAGCGAUUUCUGUAUGUAAGGGCCUGCAAAUUUGAGUUAAUCUACUUUGAGCGGCUUGUGAUGGUCUUUACUCCGAGGGGACAGUUAAAAUAAGCAGUCCUUUUUAGUAAGGAACUAGAAUAGAAUUGAAUAGGCGUAUGAUAGCACCUUUUGUGCGCGGUCAGUCUCCUUUUAGCAAUGAAAAGUUCACUACUGGUCAUUUCAUUCACGUACAGUUCUGUUUUAUUUUACAAAUCUGACAAUUCUCUUCGCCCCCUUUCCAAAUAACACUUUCUCGAGUUGCCUUGCGAAUACUUUCUACCAUACAGUUAUUCACCACCAAUUUAUUUCAGAAGCAAGUAAAGAUCGAGAGCGCGGGACGUUAGAGAACCAUGAUAUACCAUCACUUGUAAAAAAAACCACGAGUACCCAAGAGUUCAGAAUGCGAAUAAAUCUACAGAAUUACAAGUAAGCUUGACUUAGAACAAACAAUAAAGAAAUAUAAAGUUUGGGAAUGCAAGGCAGAAAGGAAGGAUCUCAGAAGGUAGCAGAUAUGGAUAAAGGUAACUUAUCGACAGCUUGAGGCGUCAAGACCAGUUAAUUUCGUAAAGUAAUCUAAAAUAACAUGGUGCGGUGAGUAGUUGCAUAAGUAACUGACCAGUAGAAGGGCAAUGACCAGUUCGCCAACGGUCCGUUUGAUGUUGGCGGUUCCACUCUGUUUUCAAUUCUUUUCUUAAGCAAGGCUAGCUUGUGGUCAGGAUUCCAUGCGUUAAAAUCGUCUGCGCGGAGAAUAUUGAUUUACCGAUGAUAAUGUCAUAAACGGUGAAGCCGGAGUAGGCUCGCUCCCGUCUAUCCUCGCAUAAAAUUUGAGUGGUACGUAAUACCGCUCGUAAGACGAGUUACAAGAAUGCACACGCCAAGCGUAGCCUUUCUGUUCCUUCUAAGGCAUAUAUUUGGCUACGUAAAUGGCGGUCUUACUUCCGGACGGUAGAAUUAGACUGCUCCGGUCACCUAAAAAAGUACCUAAUUCAUCUACAGUGACCAUUAGGUCGAAAAAAUGUCUUGAGGAGAUGAUGGCACUGAUUUAGGCGGUCCUAGGUGGUCUUUGUAGCUGCUGCAGGACGAAUAUUUUAGAUCCGACAGCUGACACCGCAGUUAUCGUUGACUUCAUCUUAGUUUGUGGAUCUCCGGAAAAAUUAUACCUUAACAGAUAUCACGCCAGAAAUUUCUGAUUUCUCCUCUGGAAGUGCGUCCGUCGGAAUUUAGUAACUCACGAUAAGAGAUCUUCAAAAUCGGAAAUCGCGAAAGCAAAUGUGCAUGACAGCCUUUACUGCGACCGCAGACCUACAAGCACCUAAAAGACCAGUAGCAGCAGAAAUUUGAUGAGUUUGCAUACGUAGGGGAGUAUUUAAGUAAAUCCACUAACACGGGUACUGGUGAUCUCGUUAGACGCACAGACGUGGAACAAUAUUUUCCGAUUGAAGGGCAGGAUAUAACCCUCUUUAAUUUGUGAGCCACUAUCGCUUAAGGGGACAGGUGCAGAAAGCUCUUACUAACGCACAAGUCUUUAGAGUUUCAACGUUAUAGAUCCUAGACAGUCACACAAGCAAUGCAAUGCUUCCUCUUUAGGGAGAGUGUAAAGCACAAUGGCAAAAAAUGUAUGAAAUACCAGAACAAAGGUAAAAAACAAAAAAACAACAUCCAUAAGCCGUGUACGUGUAAAACGAGACAUUGAGUCAUGAUUGUUCGAAAGAAGUUCGACCAGCCAAUGUUGAGGUGUAUGUAGCGAAAAUCCGAUAAAGCAAGUCCAAUUGUGGCGCAACCUAGCCAAAGAUGGUGUUCGAAAUCUGUGGACAGGAUCACCCAGAAAAUGAAUUCGAGAAUGCAAAUCAAGCCCAAUACACACAACGCAUUCCUGCCUUGAAGGCGUUUCUGGUCUUAGAUUGAGCAACGUGCUGACCGGGGCCAAGAGCGAACCCAAGAGAUGGUACUGGCAUUCACAUUUUUUGGAAUCUGUGAGAGUUCGAGGGGUUGUUAGCGAAAGAGUCAACUGAUAAUAUUUCAAAACAAUUUUCACAAAACACGAACGGUGCAGAAUAAGGAGUAAACUUUAAUUAGGCUGAAAUUCGGGCUGCGGUUACAAAUUAGGGUUGAAAAGUUGUCGCAAUGCGUUAGUCUCGUUUUUAUUGAAGUGGAAUUCGUUAUACAUGCUUACCGGUUAUAACCUCAUAUAUCUUUGACCGGGAGAGGCUAUCCUUUAGUUUUCGUCCUUUAAAGUUGACAUAAGUGCUUAUGUCGUCGUCGAAAAUGGCCUACAACAGUCUCUUGACAAAGUCGUUGAGAUAUAUACCGCCGAGGCAUUCAAGAUAGGAGGUCUAAUGUGUACUGACUAAACCGGAUACCCAUCAUCCCAUGUCUAAAGUCGUUAUUCAGUAAUCGUGCGUUUAGCUGCCGAAAUCGGCCGCAGAACGUACGGGCUGACCGAUGGGAUUUCUUGGCAGCUGACGGUCUACCUUAGAUGUGAGGGGCUGCUGAAUAAUUGAUCUCUCCAGUUGUCUGAGUCGCCCGAGUAUGCGUCCUUGGGGUUCGGCCACGUACCCCAACCUUGUUGACAUAAAGUGCAUAUGUUGGCACAUGAGACGCAUUGUACGCCUAAUAUUCCGGAGUUGGUCGUAAAUAGGAGGCUCCGAUUGUUCUGUAGGAGAAGUGUGAAUUGUGCGAGGUCUUACCAUCAAUGGCAGACUGAUCGCCUUCCGGUAAUGUCUCAUAAGAUUGCUUCAAAUCUUCAGCUCGAGCAUUAUGUUCCUGAAACUUAGAAAAACAUAACUUAGUGUGACAUACUGGUGGCAUUGUGACCGCAUCGAGCGGUGAUCGUCAUUUUUUGUCGGCUGUUUGUAAGUCAGUACACUGCUCAUGACGAUAUCUACAAACGCACAGAAAAGAAUGAAGACGAAGUUUGAUUUGGUUCAAGGGUUCUUCUAUCACUAUUGCCACUUUCUCCCUUCAGUGCUCUUUAACCACUAAUUGUGAAGACUGUGCGUUUGUAGGCUUUCAGUGCACAGUUCGCCAAAGCGAAAGGACAGUAAGCAGCUUAAAAGUAAGCAUGGUUGGCCUGAUAGGGAUCAAUAAUUUCUAUUAAAAUGUAUUCAUUCUCCACCAGAAAGCAAACGAACUUGCUGAAGCUAGCUGGCAAAAGUAAGCAAUAAAGUGUAUUAUCGACAGUAGUUUUAUAUACCUUUAAUAGAGAUGACUUCUUUGGAUAAUAAAAGCAGUCAUAUGUGUUAAUAAAUUUGCUGAGAACUACGUGAACAUACUCCCCUUUUAUCAAAGAGCACGUUCGUGACACAAACCAUCUCAUUGCCGAAGUCAGUGCACCGAUUAUCCCGUGUCAUGUCAACUCGAUAGCUGCAGGUGGCAACGCAUUGGUAUUGUUCGCAACUUUCGUUUUCUGCUAGAAGUGGCCAAGAGUUGUGCCUAUGAAGCAGCCGUCCUGAUGAACCUUUUGAUGUCACCUACUUUCAACUCACUGAGGCGUCUAGCGGUCUGCUGGAGAGAUCUUGAAGGACUUCUCAACAGUUUCUUUAGUCUGCCUAGAUAAAUUUCAAAUGGGAAAGAUAAAAAAGUGUUAAGCGUCCUGUGAUGCUAACCAUCAUCGGCAAUGUACAUAAUACUAUGCACACUGUAGACUGUGUGCUGCUCACAGUAUAAGACAGAGAAUUUUCGAGUGAUUAACAAUCUUAACAACUACCUACAGUAGCCAGUAUUUUUACUAAAGGUGUCAGAGCUAGCUAGAAGUCAAAGACUUGUGAAGAGCAGCAGGUAAAGUCUUUAGUCUUUAGGCAGAAUUCCACGGAGAACAACAACGCCCACAUACAGUAAAAACUGUCGGAACUCUGUCGCUUUCCACGACUCAAAGUAACUUAGACUCCUUCCUCGCUGAGAAAAUUCUGUAGGAAGGUAAAUGUUCAGUAGGCGAAUUUCCUCGUCUAUUGUCUCAAAAUCAGCUGACUUGAGAACAGAUGGCGUCCUGCUGCCGGUCGCUUCCGACCGAUGACUGCCAACCCAUAAACUUAGCAGCUUCUUUACAACGCCUAGAUACGCGAGAUGUUGUGGCUCAAGAGGAAAUUGGGAAAUUAAUUUAAGAUUACAAAAUAGAAAUUCAGAGAUACCAACUCUGUGCUCGUCGUCUAUUGACUGAGUAAAGUCUUCAUCCUUUGCCCAUCCUCUACUUAAACAUCUUUCCCUUUAUGUACUCCUGUCACUGCGCAAUGUUCGCAGCCACGAUAAGCAUUGACGUUCUUAAUUUGUUUAACAAUGGCCCUAGCGGGGGCAUCACAGAUUACGGCUGCAGCAUGGAUGCCAAUUGACCGGUUGCGUUGAUCUAAACGGAUUCCGUGUUCCUGCACAACUGCUUUACAGAAGGCGUUCGCGUCAGACGCCUUGCCGUUUCCGCAAUAAAUACUUACGGGGAAUACGUCACUGAAAAAGGGCUGCACCACUCUUCCUUAAAUAGGCAAAAUUCCGGUCCUUGAUUUUCCAUAAACCGGAAGACCGUCAAUAGCCGAGUUAUCAGUCAGAUUAUCUGCUACGAGGACAGUAUUCCCAUGUACUAGUCUACGAUUUCGCCCUACCAAGCCUACAUGCACGUACUCCCCACUACACAUGGGGGUUACCUGCAGGCUAUACGAUACUCCCAAAAGCCUCGACGGACAGUUCGGGCACAAUGGGCGCUAUGUUACCUCUAAGAGCCCAGUCUCGCAACUUCUCAAUCGUUAUAUUAUCUGCCUGAAAAGAGCGACUACUUCCACUUGCCGUUUCUUCUGCAACAUCUGUUUGCAGGAAUUUCGUUGGAUUCGUGGUAAGCAGUGUUUACCGUUCAGAUUCUCGAGAGUCUUCUAAGGAACUGUAUAUAGGUGCAGCAUACAACAAAGUCUGUUCAGAUCUGUGUCUUUUCGGAACAAUUUCUUCAAUUUCACGACGUUCAUCGUCCUCAUAUCGCCUUAUACGACGUCUACGUGUGCUACCCGACUCCUGGGUACGCAUUAUUAACAAACGGUUUGCAGGUGUCAGUGAAAAACAACAAUGUCACUCGAGCGCAGUAACGUCACGUACGUCACACCGUCAACGGAAGAUAACGACGCUUGCGCGCCCAAGGAAAGGCGACCAUUUACCAUGCAACCAAUGACGCGCAGAGAUUCAUAUUUCGAAAAUUCGUCAUUUACGUAUAUCGACUCGAUAUCCGUGCGCUACUAGGGUGUAUUUUGACACUUAGAAGGAUUUGUUUAAAUUAACAGAUAUAUUUUCGUCGAGCAGGUAGUCUGAGGACUUCGUGAUUUACUACCAAGUCAGUACACGAAAACAUAUUUUUAUGUGAACGUUUCCUAUAAAAUAUAUUUGAAUUUAUAAAACACCAGAAAUCGAGGAAAAAGUGACAUUGUCCAAGCAGUCAAUUUUUUCUGAGUGUGGUUGUUGCAGGCACCUGGAAAUGAGCGCAUUUUAUGAGAUACGCUGUUGGUAAAACCGUCUACUUGCUCACAUAUUGUUCAGCAGUCAACGUUAGUCGUACUUUUGUUAACCAGAACAUCCAAAAGCUUGGGCUCUUAACUGAAACGUAUGGGCCUUCUAGCCCAUAUUUUGUAAAGUAUUUGAUAUCACCUAAGAUCUGGUUUUCAAACUUUGAAGUUCUGCUGACCUUUUCCGGCUCAAUCUCAGAGUCCCCUUAUUCUUAUGUUGAAUGCCUCCUCCCUACCAAUGCACGAACGCAGACCUUUAGUAGGGUUGAACUGUAAUUAACUCCAUCAGGACUCCAUUCCCGUUUUUCGCCCUUCACCAUCAUCCUACUACUAAUUUUAAACAAUGAUUGUUAGAUUGUCUUUAUGGUGUGAACUACUGAUCGAGUUUAUUGUCCUACAUGCGCCUGGUUACUCAAACCGACAAUCUUCGACCGACCAGUUUAUGGAUUGUGGUUUCGAUGUGAUCGACCUCUCUGGUGUAUUUGGGGAGGAAGCUGGCUUUACGAAAUAUGGAGGCUUUGCUGAAUUUGAGUGCGCCCUCAAACAUUUCGAAAUUGUAAGUUUUUGGGACCCGCCUCAGACAGGAUCACCUUAGAAACACAGUGUGACGCACAAAAUCCAGAGGGGCGCUUUGCGGAAAGAAGGCACUCCCGGGCGGGCAACAAUGAUCUAUCAGUCCUUACGGAAGACGUGUUCGGUUCCCAACUGUCCCUCAAAUUUCCGGGUGUCUUUCAAAGGGGAUUUUCUGAAUAUUUCAAAAUUCGAAAUGGUGCAUCGACAUUAACGCGACCUGACAUUCGCAAGGGGAGGUUAGAGGCCUGGGGUAGAUUCAGGGACUAACCACGAGAAGCUCUUUACGGCCCACUUUUUAAACAAAAAGUUCAACAGCUUUGAGACCUCUAAGAGCCACCUUGAAAGGUUUCAUCGUCUGACGGGGGCUUACUUCACUCUCCGAAGAGCUGCCAAGCUCAAACGAGCACUCACAGGGUCAGAGGCCAUGAAAUAUCAGAAUUGUAUGUUCGCGUGCGUGACAAAAAAAUGAAUUCCGGAAGGAGACAGUUAUCCUAAUAUCAGCAUGUGAAAUUUGCAGUUCAAGGCAGCUCAGCUGCAAAGCUCACUUCUACUCGAUUUCAAAAAAGGACUUGUUGUCUGUCUCUUCUUUCAAUUUGCGACAUUCACAUCCAGUAGAGAAAUCUCUUCAGCCGGGUACAAAUUCUCGUUCCUUUCCGUAUGUUCGACCUGGCUAUCUCGGCGCACACAGCAAGCAAAACAUGAAGAGUCUCAAACCACUUUUUGCGAAAAUACUUAAACAGCAGGUGCCCUGUUUUUUUAUCGAUUCCCUUCUAGUGCAUCACAAUUCCUAUGUGUCACCUCGUCAACUCGGAAAUAUGAGGUAUUCAAAGACAAGGGCAAGUUCAUGCGAUAUUCGGCCAUCUUUCAAUUCUGUUAGAAUGCAAAGUUUGACCCGUUCGUUUGACUCGUGGAAAAUGGCCUGUGUCUGGUAUCGACCCGCGACUACCUUUUUGUUAGACCUCUGCUAGUCGUGGAGUCGCCGGGUUGACUGACUUUUGGCCCGUGUUCGCAGUAAGGGAAUGUGCCCUACGUGAAUUGUCAUACCUCCACACGGAGGCAGUUCUAUUGCUCUGUAAAAUAUUCCUAGUGACUCUUUUCUCCCAAUGGAUCAUCUCUAUCCGAAAUAUGUGCUUUAGGAAGUCCACACAUCAAUUUUAACAGCACUGUUGUUAGGUUGUUGGCAGCACUCCAAUGGGACUAGAGAAACUGGUGGUCGCGCACAUCCACCCCACCCCCUCUCCUUCCUCGAACCCGCUUUUCCUGCUUUAAUCGAAAAAUUGACCGGCGUUACCUCCGUUACUGUGACCCCGGAGACGCCAUGCUCAUGGCUUAUUUAUGGACUUUGUUAUGCGAUCAUCUGAUCUCUUCUUAUUCUACUAGGUUCCUAGCACAAGUCAGUCGACCCUACUUCAGCGCGACUCAUUGGGUUGCUCAAGUCAAGAACGAGAAUCCGUUGCCUUCGCGAGCGUGACUGCUCACCCAUCUCUCCUAGCCGUUCCCCAGGUGAGUUGACCAUUGCGAACUCAUGUUUAUGCGGACGGCCAAAAAACCACUCAUCCCAUGCCUCUGUUUUAAAACAUUCCUUCUAGAAGUUUAUCGACGAAGACUAGAGAGACUGUCAUGCCCAUUUAUUGCUUCUUCGUAGUCGUUAGCUGGUCUUUACUUAGUCCUAAUUGAUAUUCCCGAUCACAACCGACAGGACAACGGGCCCGUGGCUCAAUGGUAGAGCGUCAAACUCCAUGACCAAAGAUCCCGGGUUCGAAUCUCAAGUGAUCCACACUUGGGGUUGGGUAUGACUGGCUGAUGACGGCUAAUAAGCCAGAAAUGGCCAUUCCGGUCUCCCUUGUCUUUGUCGGCCCCAUCUCAUCUAUGUCUAUUACUAGUCGCUGUGCGACUGCCUGCGAGGGUUUAAGUGUGAGCCCCAAGGCACAACGGAACGAGCAUGUUCCGUAACCUGAUCGGCGGGCGCCCACUGUCAUAAUUGAUAUUCCCGAUUACAACCGACAGGACAACGGGCCCGUGGCUCAAUGGUAACACAUGACCUCGUUUAUCCCCAGGACUGCCUUGAGAAAUAUCUCUUGCGUCGGCACCUCGCUUGUACAGAAUAAUUGACCGAUUUUAACGUGCUCAGUGUUUUGGAUGUCUUCAAAUAAAUUUUUCGCCAGGGAACAUUUUACUUGCCUGAAGUCACUCCGCUAACGGUCGUUUCUAAAUCUUCCGCCCUCCCCAGCUUCCUGCGCGGUCUGCCACCGACCAUUCACUCGCAACGUCUCUGGUUCCCCAGGAGUUCGGUCUGAAAGCCUUUACUCAGAUCAGGGGACUUCAUGUUCACUGGCUGCGGAAGAACUGA